UCUCGCACCGUCUCUCUCGUCGCACGGCCUUGGCGCUCGCAGCAUAGAAAUCAGAUAUUGCAACUAGCUUGUUACCGCUCAUCCCACCGGCGCAUUUCCUCGCACCAGCCAUGGCCGACUCUGCACCUCCUGGCACCAACCUGCCUCCUCCACCGCCUGCCGCAGGUCCCCCCGGCUACGAUGGUCAGCAGGGCAAUCCCCAGCAGCACAUGCCUCCUCCCACGCUCGCCCCUGUGAUCAUCCCACAGAACACCAACCCCAUCCCGACUGCCAUCAGCUCGCCCAUGUCCGGCGGGGUCAUGUCUCCUGUCAGUGCUGGAGGCGGUGCUUACACUCCGCGCCGUGCUGCGCCCGAGCCGAAUAAGAGGGCAUUGUAUGUUGGUGGUCUGGACCCUCGAGUCACCGAGGACGUUCUGCGCCAGAUCUUCGAGACCACUGGUCACGUCCAGAGCGUCAAGAUCAUCCCUGACAAGACCGCCAGCUCUCCUACCGGCUUCAAUUACGGAUUCGUCGAGUACGAUGACCCUGGUGCGGCCGAGCGAGGCAUGGCAACGCUCAACGGCCGCCGAAUCCACAACAACGAAAUUCGUGUGAAUUGGGCUUACCAGUCCAACAACACUGCAAAGGAGGACACUUCGAACCACUACCACAUCUUCGUUGGUGAUUUGUCCAAUGAGGUCAAUGAUGAGGUCCUUCUCCAAGCUUUCUCGACCUUUGGCCCCGUCUCUGAGGCCCGCGUCAUGUGGGACAUGAAGACUGGCAGGUCUCGUGGUUAUGGUUUCGUUGCUUUCCGCGACCGUCCUGACGCUGAGCGCGCUCUCAGCUCCAUGGAUGGAGAGUGGCUCGGUUCUCGUGCCAUUCGCUGCAACUGGGCCAACCAGAAGGGCCAGCCUUCCAUCUCCCAGCAGCAGGCCAUGGCAUCUAUGGGCAUGACCCCGACCACUCCCUUCGGUCACCACCACUUUCCUACCCACGGCGUCCAGAGCUUUGACAUGGUUGUAGCGCAGACCCCUCAAUGGCAGACGACCUGCUACGUUGGCAACCUCACCCCUUACACUUCCCAGUCUGACCUCGUUCCUCUCUUCCAGAACUUCGGCUAUGUCACCGAGACUCGUUUCCAAUCUGACCGUGGAUUCGCUUUCAUUAAGAUGGACACCCACGAGAACGCUGCUAUGGCCAUCUGCCAACUUAAUGGGUACAACGUCAAUGGUCGACCUCUAAAGUGCAGCGUAGGUUGAGUCGAUUCCUUUAUCUCCCUUUCAUUGCUUACAUUUCGAUCUAGUGGGGCAAAGACCGCCCACCAACCGGCCAAUUCGAAGCCU